CGAAGGUACAGAAGCGCUACUGAGUCUGUGAGGGCUACAGGCGAAGCAUUAACCACCGAAGAAAGCGAGGACAUGCCAGAUGCCAUACAGCAGGAUGUUGGCGAUAGCACCCCUACCCCUCCGCAUGAACGUACACAUGCACACAUUCGUACACGUGUAGACACAGAUGCGCAUACAGCUGCACGUGCACAACCACACCGGCAGAUACCAGAUAGCAGUACGCACACAAACCCCGUAGUCCCCAACAUACGCCUGAAUAGUACGCAGCCACGCCUCCCGAACACGCGCACAUAUGGCACCCUACACCAGGCACUUUGUGGCUACUGCCGUCAACCAGACCAUGCGUUGCCUGCGUGCACUAAGUACCGGUUGUACUGUGGGCACUUACCGGAGCACACCGACGAGGCGCUUGGGCAGAAACAAUGCGUGUACUGUGAUCAGUUUGGACAUCCGUGGACGGCUUGCCCCCAGUUCUACUCAGACUCCAUAGGCUAUGAACUACUAAUGCAUCACUUGGUCACGGACGUUUUAAUGUCCAAAGCGAAAACUGUGAUACGUGACACUGUGCCAAUCCAAGAAGCUCUCGUCUGCUUCGACUUCACAUGGGUGCGAUACCUAUCAGCGGCUGUUAUUGGCCCAGGUGUACAAACAUCACCCUUGACAACCAUCCUGUAUGGAAAAGCUGCUAGGAAGGGUCUCCCUUGA